AUGUCUCUCUCACUGUUCCUCUUCUUCUUCUUCUUCUCUGUGACAGAUGCAUGUGUUCUUCACGUGGACCCAAACAGACUGCAGUUCUUUGAGUAUGACUCCAUCUCAUUCAAGUGUCGGGGGUGUCACGGCUCAUCAGAAUGGAGAGUGAUGAGAAAGGUUUCCUCAAAUGUUUCUCAGUGGGACUCUGGAUUCUUAAACAUCACACCUGCCUUUGAAACACACAGUGGAGAGUACUGGUGUGAAAAUGCAGAGGGAGACAGGAGCAACGCUGUCAACAUCACCGUCACUGGUACGUNGAUGACAUCGUCCAGCUCUGCAGCUGACUUCUAUAGAGACGGCCUCUUCAGUAAGACUGGAUAUACGGGCCGGAUGACCAUCAGCAAUGUCUCCAGGUCCAAUGAAGGACUCUACAGGUGUCACAUCUCUGGAGCUGGAGGAUCAGCAGAGAGCUGGCUGGCUGUCACAGCACAUAUUGCUCCCUCACAUGAAGACACAACACCUCAGGAGGGCCAAGAGCCUCCUCCUCCUCCUCCUCUUCCUCUGGACUCUGGCUCCAUUCAGCUCUCCGUCCUGUUGCCGGUUGUCUUCAUCAUUGUGUGUGUGUCUGUGCUGCUGUUGGUGGUGGGACUGCUUCAGUGUCGGAAACACAGAGCGGCGUGUGUUUCCUCUGAGGCGCCAACAACACAGUCAGACCCAGUGUAUGAACACGUCAGCGCAGAUGAUCCACGAACAGUGACGUACGCCAAAGUCACAAAACACAAGAAGAAAGGCUGUCCAGAGGCAAAUACUGUGAGUCAUGUGAUGGAUGUGACGUAUGCUGUUGUCACAUUAAAGAGGAAGGAGAGAGUCUGUGGAGAGGCAGCUGAAGCAAACAGAGCAACAUAUGCAGCCGUCAGACACCAGCGUCAGUGAGAGCAGAAACACCACCUGAAGGAUGGAGGAGAGACUCUGCCUCCGCUUGUUUUAUACGCGUUCAAGAUGGAGAAGAACAUCAAAUCUAUGUCAAAGUGUUCUCGCUCAUAAAUAUAGGUAAACGCAGUGAAAGGUUAAUGCCAUGAAGCGCCUCGGCUCACUCGCAGCCCCAGAGUCUAUUUUUAAAAGCUAGCUGUUUGGUGUUUCAGUUAAACCACAUGGUUUUAUCUGCUCUGCCGUCUGAGGACGCUGCUGACAUCAACAGAGCUGCUGCAGCUUUGAAAACAGACUCUCGGUGGUAAACUGCUGACACAAGAUCAACUGAGGAGUUUGAACUCGUGUGUCAGAUCUGUAAACGAACAAAUGUGAGGGGAGUAUUUUUUUAUAGCCUGUUAAAUGAGGUAUAGCAUGCAGGUUAAGGCAGGUCGCUCUGUCAGUGGACUUUAACGUCUUCGUGUUUCGCACUAGGUAUCCUCUCACGUCUGCUGUCGACGUUCUGGGACAGGACGCGUUAGGUUUAUAAAAAACAUCAUGGUUUUCUCUACAUUUAUACGGAAGGCAAACAGCUGGCUCCUGGGUCAAAGUUCAGGUUUUCCUGGACCCAUCCACCUCCUCUCCUGCCUUUUAUACUGUAGGUACUUCAGCUCCUUCUAUUAUGUUGCUACCAGCAGCGUUUCCAACUGAUGCCAUCCAGCGGCGAAUCAUCCUGCCAUGACAGGUGCCAUCUGCUGACAUACUGCAGCACCUCUAAAGGUUCUGUCUGGGUGCAUUGGCUGCACACUGACACUGCCUGGUGGCGUAUCAUUACACUAUGAACGGUGGCUUUUGGCGCUGGUGUCUGACGCCAAAAUCUCUGCAAGAGCGGCGACGUUUGAUGACUGAAGAAUGAGACGUGGCUGAUGUGUCCUAAAGCAUGGGGACAUGAGAGGCUCAGUGCUGCCCUCCAAAGGCCAAACGUUGUCAUUGGAAAAUAAGAGUUUCAAAAAGUGAUUCACCAACGCCAAAAGCCACAUUUCACAGUGUUAUGAUACGCCACCAGGCAGGCAACGUUUUGUGGUGUUAGGAUAUGCCACCUGUUGGCUGGAUGGUAUCAGUCGCAGCAGUAUGAUGCACUGACAGCGUCAUCAGUUGAUAACAUGGCUGGAUGACCUGCUGCAGCGGGAUGAUCCACUGCUGGGCUGAGUCAGGUAGAAACACUGCCGGUAACGAUGUUCUGUACGAAGCAGGAAAGUCCGUAUGAGAGCAAACACACCCUGGACUUUCACCCGGGAGCCUGGUGUUCACUUCACAUAAGGAUACUGCGCCUAAUCAUAAUUUUUUUUUUUAAAUCACAUGCCUUUGUUGACGUCCUGUUGCAGGUUGCGGUCAGUGGAUGUUUUUGCCAUAGGUGUGAGUGUGAGUCGCACCGCUGUUUGUGUUGUCCCUGAACAUCAUCACCAGACGCAGCAGGAUACUGAGCAUAUACCAUGGAGAUGUUUAAAGAGGCAACCGACAGCAUCUUUUCCUAAAUAUAUCAUGAUGAAAAUAAUGUGGGUUGCACAGGGUAGUGGCCACAGUAAAAUCAGACUCAGUGUUUACAUAGGUUACUUAGUGGCUUUGCAAUCUUUGCAAUAAGCUUCUGCCACUGGUGCCGAAAUUUCGCGGAAAAAAUCUGCUUUAUGGCAGGAAAAGCGUCAUGUAUUGUGAAACUGGUGGGUCAGCCAAUCAGGGACUGGAGCUGGUCCUUAUGAGGAGUUGGGCAUGAGAUAGUUGAGUCAGGAGCACAAUGGCAGACGGACAAAGUUUGGAGACAAGUGAAAAACGGCCUAGCAAAAGAAAAGGAGCUCCUCUGUGUGAGGAGGCAAA